CGGCGGCCGUGCGCGGACGGACGUGCCGGGAGCGCCGCAGCCGCCCGCAGCAGAGCCGCCGUCCCGGGCCCGCGGCCGCCCUGCCGCCCGCCAUGGUGUCAUGGAUCAUCUCCAGGCUGGUGGUGCUUAUAUUUGGCACCCUCUAUCCUGCGUAUUAUUCCUACAAGGCUGUGAAAUCAAAGGACAUUAAAGAAUAUGUCAAAUGGAUGAUGUACUGGAUUAUAUUUGCACUUUUCACCACAGCAGAGACGUUCACUGACAUCUUCCUUUGUUGGUUCCCCUUCUAUUAUGAACUAAAAAUAGCGUUCGUCGCCUGGCUGCUCUCUCCCUAUACAAAAGGCUCCAGCCUCCUGUACAGGAAGUUUGUACAUCCCACGCUGUCUUCAAAAGAAAAGGAAAUUGAUGACUGCCUGGUCCAAGCGAAAGACCGAAGUUACGAUGCCCUCGUGCACUUCGGGAAGCGGGGCUUGAACGUGGCGGCCACGGCGGCGGUGAUGGCCGCUUCCAAGGGACAGGGUGCCUUAUCGGAGCGACUCCGGAGCUUCAGCAUGCAGGACCUCACCACCAUCCGGGGAGACGGGGCCCCUGCCCCCGCGGGCCCCCCACCACCGGGGUCCGGCCGGGUCGGCAGCAAGCACGGCCAGCCCAAGAUGUCCAGGAGUGCUUCCGAGAGUGCCAGCAGCUCAGGCACCGCCUAGAACCCUUCGAUGUCGCUUCAGGAAGAAGAGUACCUCAUCCUCGGCCACUGAAACCACGUGAGUGACAAGACCCACAGCACCCGAUCCACAGAAUGUUCCUUCUCUGCCUUAAAGAGCUGUUACUGACGCAGGAAUCCGCCAGCUGGGUGUGCUUUGAGCGGGCAGCCUCAUGGACACAGCCUUGUCUCUCUCCUGUCUUCCUCUUUUAAUUAUUUCCUUUCCUUUCCUUUCUUUUUCUUUUUUUUUAUUACUUUUUAUUUUGCUGGGGAGAGGCUCCAGUGAAAGGUUGUGGGGGGUGACCUUUAAGUCCUCUGAGGUUAGUGAUUUUCCACAAUUGGACAGCAGUGUGUUUUUAGAAAUAUAAGAGAAUCACUCCAAUGCUGCUGAAAUGUACAUUUGUAAUUUAUCUGUUGCAUACUUAGUUUUUAGUUCUGUAAAUGCAAACGAACAAUUUUUUUAAACCUUUUUUUUUGUUCUUGGUAUUAAUACUUUGGACUUCAUAUGAUGUACAUACUUUUGGCUUUUGGCUUAAUAUGAUGGACUUGUAAGGGCUGCCUGGGGUUCUAAUUUGUAAGCAAAUUGCACCAACAGAAAUGUAAAAAAUUAUUGGUUCUAGAGAAUGUCUCAGAUGUGCUUAUAAAGCUUCCAAAUACAACUUCGGUAAAACGUCCCCUUUUCUGCAGGUAGAUGCUCCAUAUGCUUCAGAUAGUUGUUUAACAGCCAAGAUAGCAGCGAAGUUUAGAAUGAAGAGAGGCAGUAUUUUAGUGACAGAGAUGAGUGUCACUGAGUGUGACGAGAGGUCAAAGGACAGUCUGGGGAAGGGAAGAGUCACAGGAAGCCCAUCUCCCUACCUCGGAUUGGGGAUUAGGAGUUUCUGAAUCCUUUGGGGGAUUUAACAUUGAAUUAGGCAGGUGAUUCACCCUGGGCAAAACUCCUUGGGGAGGUGGGCUCACCAAGCUGUGGUGAGGAAUAAUUUUGGGUUUCAAAAGUGCUUGGCAAAUGACUAUUACUCCUUCUUAGUAUCCAGUGCUGCAACGAAUUUCCCCUGGAGAAGGAGCCCAUAAUCUGAACACCUUGCUUACACUAAGCAAAAACAAAAGAGAAAACAAAAUCUGUGGUUCAGUGUUUUGGAUAUACCAUAAAACACAUCGGAGACGUGUGUACUAGAAAGGUUUUAGAAGUGGAGGCCUUUAUGGGUAAGGCCAACUGCUGGGAACCAUGGGCAGCUGGGCUCUACUCUUCUCUUCCCUUCCUGACCUGUGAGAACGUCAAUGAGGGAAGUCCCACAAUCAUGGACACUCCAGGCCUUCACAGGCAUUUUAGACACCUGGAUCACCUAGGAGAGGAAGACAGCACUACCUGAGGGAGCACCACUUAGAUUGGAGAUUUAUCUGAAAAGGAAAAGAAUCUGGCUUAAAUGGCAUUUUGGUCUGAGGUGGCUGCCCUCCCCUCUGACAGCUGAGCCGAAUCGUAGGACUAGUGUAUCUGUUUUCAUUAUGUGUAAUGCAUGCAGUGGUUGCAACCCAGUUCCUUGUACUUGGACUGUGUUUGUUCAUAGAUAUGCCCUGAGGACUAGAGAGCUAGUGUGAUGUGCCACAUAGAACUUGCUGUCCCCUGAUUGUCAGUGGCUUUUGCUGAUGACACCCUGGCUGGAUCUCACCAUCUCAGAAAGGGCUUUACUUGAAGUUGGUUGUUGUUAAAUACGCAUAUUUAAAACCCUUCUUCCCAUAGUUCCUCUGAAGUUGAUUUUGUAAUUUAUUAAAGGAUUUAGGGAAAUAAAUUUAAAAAGAAAAUUUGUGGUUGAGAGGGCAAAUAGAGGCUGUGUGCUUGUUGUCUGUGCCCAAUGCCCACCACUAACAAAGCCUGUUAGGGAAGACAGAGAAUUGACAUGUUCUUCAAGCUCAUGGAAUAGUUUCAGACAGCAGAAAAAAUAUGCUCUUUCAAAUGUACUUACCUAUCAGUUGGGAGUACCUGGAAUUAUCAGAAACAAGUGCAGGAAAGGCUUAAGCAGCUUUUUAGCGACUUUUUGUUGUUGCCAAAAUAAUAAAUGCCGUUACCAGCAGAGAUUAUGAUCCCCUUGUGAACAAGCUAUAUCUUCACCACUUUAUAAUGGGAAGUUUCAACAAGUACAGGCUGUCCAGUUUGCACUCAAUUAUGCCAAAAAAAAGCUUGAAGCACUCUACUCUCAGGCAUGCUGUAUUACUUCUCAUUCAAGAUUUUAAAAAUGUGAAGGUAUCCAAACUGCUGUCUUGAUGUAAAUGUAACUAUUUUUUCUUCAAGUGUUGAUUAGGGAGUUGGUUUCUCUCUUCAAGACACCUAUAACUGAGAGCAGCUGUCCUAUUUCUAUUUCUGGCAAAACGUGUUUACUCAUCCAACAAGCUGUAUCUUCGUGUACGGGCUGACCGAAGAUGUGAAUGCCCACGAGUGUACAUGUAGUGGUGUGGUGGUGUCCAGAGGAAAUAAAUGAAUGUUUUUCA